ACAAUCUUGAAUAAUAAGUCCUAUAUAUUAUUAUAUCAUUACUAAAAUACUAUCUUGAAUAAUAAGUCCUAUAUUAUUAUUAAUGUCUACAAAAUCUACUUCUCUUCAAACACAAAUGUGUGAGGUUUUUGAAUGUUGACUUUUGAAUCUUUUAUCUUCAAAAUCGAUUUACACGUGAAUUAUUCAUGUAGUAGAUCAAUCCAUUCCAACCCAAUCCUAAACCAAAAUCCUUAAAGUGAAUGAUCAUCAACGCCACCGUAACAACCUUUCUCCAAUGGCGGCUCACCGGAAAAUUAUCCAAGAUCCCUCAAAUUCCACCACUGGAUCCAUAAUCUGCACAACCGAUUGCGACCCACUAAAAACCCCCUCCAUCAAUUGCCUCUCCUGUGUUUUCAACGAAUCAUCCUCCCCGCCACUACCAUCGCCGCCGUACACCGGCGGUUACAUCCUCGACACACCACCGAAACCCCACCACUCAUCCCUCUCCCUCCCCCUGAAAAUCUCCCUCGUGAUCCUCGUCCUAACCUUCUCCUUCUUCCUCCUCUACACCCUUUACAAAUUCUACACUGUCUGGUACCGCACCCGCCGCCGCCGUACGCCGCCGCCACCGCCGCCGGAAAAUCAAGAAAUCAAUAACGAGUUUCUUGAUCACGAUGUUUUGGAUCACCCCAUAUGGUACAUAAGAACAAUCGGUCUCCAACCGUCGGUAAUAAGCGCUAUAACCGUCGUUAAAUACAACAAAUCUGACGGGUUAAUCGACGGUGCAUCUUGCUCUGUUUGUUUGAGUGAUUUUCAAGAAGAUGAAACCCUGAGGUUGUUACCAAAGUGUAAUCAUGCUUUCCACGUAUCCUGUAUUGACACGUGGCUUAGAUCACACACAAAUUGCCCCUUGUGUCGAGCUGGGAUUGUUAAAACUAGUGUUGCUAACUCGGGUUCCGGUAGUAAUAGUAACGAUAAUUUGAAUGAGAUUGAUGAAACUAUGACGGUUUCGAUACCCGAGGAAGCGGGUGGGGAACAGGAGGAUGAUGAGAGUUCUGAUAUGACAAUUGGAGUUGUUGUUGAUGAUGAACAUAAAGGAGAAAGUGUUGGUGGAAGUGGAACUAUUAGAAGAUCAGUUUCUUUGAAUGAUUAUGAAGCUUGUAGGGUUAGAUCUGAUAUAUGUGGUAAUAAUAAUAAUAAUCAUAAUAAUUAUUAUUCGGAUCGGCAUGAUGUUCAGAUUCGAUCGGGUGAUGGGAAUUUCGGGUUUGAUUUGGUUAAAGUCGAUCGAAGAGCGAAUAAUCAAAAUAGUCAAGAACUAUAAUCUUGAUGGUUUCAGGUACCUUUGAAGAGCUCUCAACAAGCUGAGAGUCUUCAUGUUUUUUUUUUUUUUGUUUUUUUUGUUUUUUUUUUUAUUUUGAUACAAAAAGGAUGGUUGUAUACACAAAUGAUAAGUGCACAGUUUGUUGUUAUCAACUAAUUAAUUAUUCAGUUACUAUUUGCUUUCUUAUGUUA